AUGUCUGCGUACCCCAGUCUCAACAGAGAAGGCGUGUCGUCACUAGCAGCACCCGCACUCCAAUGCCGUCGAUGCCAUCAGUGUGUUAUUUGCUGCCCCAGAUGCGGCGUGUCAAACUUCAAGCUGAUCGACAGCGCAUCGUCCCACAAAGGUUAUAAAACGAAUGUGGGUUCUGCUGUUCCUGCAAGUAAUUUUACGGGUGCCAGUGGAGGUGGAGGUGGUCUGACGUGGACGUGUCCCCUGCCUGGCAAAGAAUGUGGUGUGACCACACUGGGCUCCUCUCCUGCGGCGCCAACAGCCUUUGAGCUAUUCUGUCGCGACGCUGAGACUAAAUGUGGCAUUGCGGUGGAAAUGGACGGGAAUGACGCCAUGAUACGAGAAGAGGAGGAGGAAAUACGACGUGACAGAAGGCGUGUUCACGCUGAGGCUUGGCUUGCCGCAGAUGCUGAAACGCGGGAACGCUACGAACUGGCCGCAUCUGCACUUGCAGCGGAUGCUGCGGCAAGGACGCAAAUUGUGGCGGGCAGGGAUGCACCAAAGAAUUUCCGGCGAGGCAGGGGGAGACAAGCGUCACUGAGCUCUCGCAUGGCGGUGACUCCUGCGUCAGGCUGCGGGGACGGCACAGGUGCUCCUGCUUCUGUGGCACUGACAUAUGUACGGAGCGACGACGGAAAGCGGGCGAGGUCGUACAAGCGCCCAACAACGUCGUUUCACCUUUUCUGCAAACACAACCAGCAGACUUACCAGACUGACGGUGCACUGAUGAAGGCGUGGAGGUCGAUGAGCCCUGCAGAGAAGAAGCCCUAUGACGACGAGGCGGCUGCCAUCCGUGUGGCACCGCGUGGAAAACGGCAAACUCUUCCCUCUGUGUCCUGA